GGACCCUACUUCCAAGUUCGUUAAGUCUGAGACCGCCAUGGCGCGCGGCUUUGCCUUCCUGGUCUUGGUGCUGAGCUUGUCAGGCGCUUUCGUGUCUCCGCGCCCGCCUCUGCCGCGGAAACGGACUGUGCACAGAGCGGCCUCGCCGGAUCCGCAAUUCGCGGCCAAUGUCGGGGAAGCCACCGACACCUUGCGGAGGGACCACGGGAUGAUCCCGCGGCUAGCGCCCGGCUUGAAUGUGGCGGAUCCAGAGGUCUCGUUGGAGAUCGCGCAAGUCAGCGCUUUGAGAUUCAUGGGCCUCACGAAGUACCGUGAGUUCUGGGACAACUUCCGCCAAGGAGUGGAGCUGAUUAGCACCUCCUCACGCAGCGAGGUGUCCAACGUGGUGCAGUCGGGCCUCUACUUGCGCGUGCGCUGGCGCCUCAUCAUGGCGCCCAAGGACGUCUUCUCAGGUCAGGCGCAGGGCGCGGUGCAAGCGGCCAAAGGCGCUCUCAGCAACUUCGGGCGCCAAGCGCCAGAUCUGUUUCAGGCAGGCAGCAGCUUUCUGCAACAAGCAGAGGCCUGGGCCGAGGAGGCUUCCUCAGCCCCGGCUUUGGAGCGGACGGUGGAGUUCAACUCCAUCUACGAGUUGGAUUGCUGGAGCGGGCGUAUCGUGAAGCACACCUUGGAGUUCCGCUCUCCUGAGGAGAACUUCGAUCUGCUGGGCACGCUGCAGGGCAUGCCAUCUGUCCGCUGAGCGCCAUGUGGCGCGCAUCACGGGCUACUGGACAGGGCCAUCCGGUGACGCGUGGCGCGGCUGGCCUUCGGGAGUAAUUUGGGAUCCUUGACCCCAAAAGCGCAUCCAUCAGAUGGUGCUUGGACCCUGCAUAGGUGCCCUUUUUGGUUGC